AUGUUUGUGCGGAGUGUUUUGCGUUCAGUGCCGCGCCUGCGCUGGGCCGCUAGGCGACACUAUGCUUCUCCUUCGGAACCAUAUGAGCUGGUCGUCAUCGGUGGAGGACCUGGCGGUUAUGUUGCCGCCAUAAAGGCCGCGCAACUUGGGCUCAAGACCGCAUGUGUCGAAAAACGGGGCUCGCUUGGCGGCACAUGUUUGAACGUAGGAUGCAUACCGUCUAAAGCCAUGCUCAACAACUCGCACCUCUAUCACCAAGUCCAACAUGAUAUGAAGCAUCGUGGCAUUGACGUUUCUGGGGUAUCUUUAAACCUGGCUGGGAUGCUUGAAGCCAAGGACUCUGCUGUUUCUGGUCUCACCAAAGGCAUUGAAUUCCUCUUCAAACAAAAUGGGGUCGAUUACAUCAAAGGCGCUGCGUCGUUCGUAUCUCCUACGCGCAUCUCGGUUCAGUUACUGGAGGGCGGAGAAACCGAAGUUGAGACGAAGAAUGUGAUCAUUGCCACAGGCUCGGAAGUUGCGCCGUUCCCUGGGGGUGGUAUCCCCAUCGACGAGAAGCAGAUCGUCAGUUCAACCGGUGCAUUAUCUCUAUCAAAGGUACCAGAGAAAUUCGUUGUGAUUGGGGGAGGAGUCAUUGGCCUCGAAAUGGGAAGUGUCUGGAGUCGUCUGGGAUCGGAGGUGACCGUGGUGGAAUUCCUUGGUAACAUCGGCGGCAUGGGCAUAGAUGGUGAAGUCGCCAAACAGUUCCAACGUCUGCUGGCAAAACAGGGCAUCAAAUUCAAACUUGGCACCAAAGUUACCUCUGCAGUCAAGACCAACGACAACAAGGUCACAUUGACCAUGGAGGCUGCAGCUGGAGGCAAGGAAGAAUCCCUGACAGCCGAUGUAGUUCUAGUUGCCGUUGGUCGCCGCCCGUAUGUCGAAGGACUCAACUUGGAGGCUAUUGGCGUCGAGAUGGACAACAAAGGUCGAAUUGUCGUUGACAAUCAAUUCAACACGUCGGUUGGUAACAUCAAGUGCAUCGGUGAUGUAACGUUCGGACCGAUGCUGGCGCACAAAGCCGAAGAAGAAGGCAUUGCUGCAGUCGAGUAUCUGAAGUCGGGCCAUGGGCACGUAAACUACAGCGCAAUUCCUUCCGUCGUAUACACUCACCCUGAAGUUGCAUGGGUGGGUAAGACAGAGGAAGAAUUAAAGAAAGACAGUGUUGAGUUCUCUGUGGGCAAAUUCUCAUUUUCGGCCAACUCUCGAGCCAAAACCAAUCUGGACAAGGAUGGAUUUGUCAAAAUCAUCGCAGAAAAGGAGACUGAUCGUAUUCUGGGUGUGCAUAUCAUUGGUCCUAAUGCUGGUGAAAUGAUUGCAGAGGGUGUUUUGGCGAUGGAAUAUGGUGCAAGCGCAGAGGAUGUGGCACGAACGACCCAUGCCCACCCAACAUUAAGCGAAGCUUUCAAGGAAGCAUGUAUGGCGGCAUUUGGAAAAGCUAUUCAUCAAUAA